GGUAGCGGGUCUACCAUAUGACUACAUAUAUAUCUAUAUAUAUAUAUAUAUAUAUAGAUCCUGUCUAGGCAUCUAGAAUUUUAGUUAGGUAUAAGAAACCUGGUCCGUUACCAAAACUUCGUCUACGACCAGCUAGAAGAAAGGAACCACCGCGUGAAGAAGACCCCAUUCCCGUAUCCUACCUACCUAUCUCUCUCUCUACGCCCCUACUCCUCCACCACCACCACCACCACCACCAUGCACCUCCCCUCCCUCCCCUGGAUCGCCCUCCUCUCCGCCGCCUCCAUGGCGACAGCCCGCCCACCAGCCGCAGCAUCAAGCUCCACCGCCGCCGCCAAACCCCCCGCCUUCUUCCUCGCGGGCGACUCAACGACGGCCGUCGACGGCGGGUGGGGCAACGGGUUCCUGGCGCCGCUCAUCAGCCCGGCCUGGGGCGUCAACGUCGGGAAGAGCGGGGCCACGACGGUGUCGUUCGUCGCGGGGGGAUACUGGGAGAACGUGACGACGCAUUUGAAGGAGAACGCGGAGGAGUUCGAGUGCUAUGUUACCAUCAGUUUCGGGCACAACGACCAGAAAGAAGCCAGCGGCAUCACGCUGGAGCAGUACCAGGCGAACCUGGUCCGCUUCGCCAACGAGGUCAAGUCGCUGGGCGGCACGCCGCUCCUCACCACGUCCCUCACCCGGCGCGCCUUCCCCUCCAACUCGCCGCACAACGCCACGGACUCCCUGCACGACCAGCGCCUCGCGACCAUCGCGGCGGCCGCCUCCACAAACUCCACCGUCGUCGACCUGAACGCCGCGAGCCUCGCGUACGUGAACGCGAUCGGCAAGGACGCCGCGUGGGCGUACAACUACGCGGGGACGGGCUCGGCAGCAGACACGACGCACCUGAACCCGUGGGGCGAGGUGGUGUUUGGGAGGAUGGUGGCGGAUCUGGUGGUGCGGGCGAGGCCGGAGAUGGAGGGGUGGGUGCGGAAGAAUGAGACGCUGAGUGAGGCGAUUUGGAGCGGGGUGCCGGCUUGAGGGAGGCUGUUAUGUGGCUUAGGUAUGGUUGGUAAGUAAGGUGCGUUAAGUAAGUAGCUGAUGAUGUUCCCAUUGAAUAAAGCACGUAUAACAAACACGUUGUUACAGAAUACAGGAGAAGCAGUAAGUAAUUUCGUUGUUUUGCUAAAGCACCUUUUAAAGCCCAUCAAUGUCGGUCUGCUAUUCGCUUUUUAUGCCUCCAUGCUCCUGUUUUAGCCACGUGCAUGACAUCAAGCAAGUAUGUAUAUAGGUAGCCUAGACAAGUAGGUAGGCAGGUAUAUACUUAAGGUAUAUGUGUGUUCUGUUGAACUUCCCAGGGUGCUUUCAUG